AUGGCCGACGAGGGCGUUGCUGAGCAUUAUCAGGUGCUUGAGGAGCUUGGCCGGGGAAGCUUUGGUGUCGUCUACAAGGGAAUCGAGAAGGCGACGGGCGAGACUGUUGCCAUCAAGCAUAUCGACCUCGAAUCAAACGACGAUGAUAUUCAAGAUAUUCAAGCCGAGAUCGCUGUGCUGAGCACUUGCGCCAGCUCCUACGUCACCCAAUACAAAGGUUCCUUCCUUCGAGGCCACAAGCUAUGGAUUGUCAUGGAGUAUCUCGGCGGCGGAUCCUGCCUGGAUCUCUUGAAACCCGCCAACUUUAGUGAGACACACAUUGCCAUUGUCUGCCGUGAACUUCUCCUCGGUAUCCAGUACCUGCACAAUGAGGGCAAAAUCCAUCGAGACAUCAAGGCCGCCAACGUCCUUCUCUCCGAGACAGGCAAAGUCAAGCUGGCCGACUUUGGCGUCGCCGCUCAGCUGACCAACAUCAAGUCGCAGCGAAACACCUUUGUCGGAACACCUUUCUGGAUGGCCCCCGAGGUCAUUCAGCAAGAUGGCUACAGCUUCAAGGCCGACAUCUGGUCCCUCGGCAUCACAGCAAUGGAGAUGGCCAAUGGCGAGCCCCCUCUGUGCCAUAUUCACCCCAUGAAGGUUCUUUUCCACAUUCCAAAGAACCCUCCCCCUCGCCUGGAAGGCAACUUCAGUAAGGAGUUUAAAGAUUUCAUUGCGCAAUGUCUCACCAAGGAUUAUGACCGUCGACCCACAGCCAGGGAGUUGCUACGGCACCGGUUCAUCCGCAACGCCGGAAAGGUCGAGGCCCUCCAGGAGCUGAUUGCCCGUCGCCAGAUGUGGGAGGCCAAUCAAAACAGACAGAAACAUCCCAUCUACUACCAGGAAACUCUGCAGACCAUGACUCCCAAGGACGAGCAACAGGAGUGGGUAUUCGACACGGUCAAGUCGAUCGCGCCGCCACCCAAGAAGCCCUCAACAAAACACCACCGAAAGCCUUCGUCCAUCUUCUCUGCCGAAGAGGCGAUGCGGAAGUUGGAUGUUAAGGACGGACCUCUGGGAGGAACUUCGCCCGCCCCGGCCACUGUUCGAAAGUCGACUGUCCGCCGGACACCAUCCCUCGCCCAGAACACAUCGAUGCGGUCCAAUGGCUCGCCCCGAUCAUCCCUCCUCCCCAAGAAACCACUUCAGCCGGACAUGUCCUUUGGAAACUCGGGAUCGACUAUGCGUCUCUUCCGAAGAGUGCCCUCCGGCGGCUCAGACCACACCAGGCCCACCUCUCCUGAUGAUGUCUUUUGCGAUGAGAACCUUCCACCAUCUAUGGCGGCUCCUGUUGAGCCCUACGGCAAGGAGGCCGUUCUCGGCCGUCGACUAUACACCAAGGCUGUAGAGCCCUCGCUCGCCGAGCUGCAUGCUCAAACUUCUGCGAUGCAGAAGCGAGAAGCGCUGGCGAAGUUGUCGGAUGCCUUUGCAGCCCUGGACGCGGUUGACCCCGAGGGAGCCUACCAUCUCAUGAGCAGCAUGAUGUCGUCCAUGUCCCAGGAUAACAAACUGAGCGCUGCUUUCCUCCGCCAGCCUGCCCAAAAGAUCCCCGAUGACGGCACUCCUCAGGGUACUGUGAUUGUCAAGAGCUCCACCCCUGUGAGCAGCCCGUCAAAACUGAUGAUGAGCUCCAACAACCCUCAUCUCCGAAGCCACCGACGCCGCCAUGCUGAUACGCCUAGCAUGUACGAGAAGAACUUUGACCAGCAGAAGGGGACCAUCGAAUCCAAGUAUCCUGGUCAAGAGGCCAAAGCUGGCAUGGAGCACUGCAAGCAGUUGUCUGAUGUCCUCUACUCCCGCUGGGUUGAUAAUCUUCACGUCCGGUGGCCCGCUGUCUAA